UGCGCCUCGAGUCCUUUCCCGCUUCUCUCUCCGCCUCGGUCCCGCCCUGGGAGAGGUUCGCGCCUGCGCCUCCCCGAGCUCGUCCGCCCCGCCCCUGAGCGCCUCGCCCCGCCCCUGCCCGCAGCGCCUAUUGGGUCCCGCGGUGCCCAAUGGGAGGCGGCAAUGGUGAGGGGUGCGCUCCCUGUGGCGGCGGCGAUAACGGGAGCGGCGACGGCGGCGGGGCCGGUAAGGGGAGGACGCGGGGCGAGAACAGGCGGCGACGGGCGAGGAAGACCUCGAGUCACGGAGGGAGGAGAACGAAAGAAACGGGGAGACACGAGGAACAAACGAAGGGGGGCGCAAGCCCCACCCUCACCCAGCGGCGGCGUGGAGGAUGAACCAGCAGCCCGGGUAUGGGGGCCCGCCGCGCCACGGGGUGGUUGGCACCCAGCACUUCGGCCUGGGGCUUCUUUUGCCUGGGAGGUCUCCCAGCAGCAGCAGCACGCCCAGUUGGGCCCCUGGGUGCCCAGCCCGGGGCGCCCGGGCGCGGCCACCCUCUGGACUGCUGGGCUGUGCGCCCCAGGCAUUGCUGGCCCACCAGGGCCCCAAACCGCCCCCCGGCCCCUCCAGGGCCAGGUCCGCCACUGUGGCACCAAAGGGCUCUUCCUGUCCCCAGACCUCGGCGGGCCCCGAGCCUGCCCUGCCCCCGGGCCGCCGCCCCCUAAGGGGCCCCGGACCCCCGAAUGCCCCGGUGCGCUGGACACCCCAGAGGAGUUUUUAGAGCACCAGGGCACGCACUUUGCCUCCCUGGAGAAGGAGGAGGCAGAUGGAGGAGAGGAUGAGGAGGGACCCUGCACAGAGGGACCUGUAGCGGAGGAUGAAGGAGCCUCCCAUGGCCGCCAGUGCAUUGAAGGCCAGGGCCCCUGGGUCCCAGGGGAGGGGCUGCGGAGGCCCCGGGGGGCUGCCUGGAAUCCAUCGCGGCAGUCCAGCGGGUUUAGCUCUGCCAACCGUCUCCUGGCUCAGGCCCGUUUCCCAUGUUGGGCAUACGGUGCCCGCCUUCCAAAGUCUUUCAAGAAAGCCACGUCCCUGGAGCAGCACCUCCGGCUGCACGGGGAGGCCCGUUACUUGUGUGUGGACUGCGGCCGAGGCUUUGGGACAGAGCUCACGUUGGUUGCCCACCGCCGGGCACACACAGCCAAUCCCCUGCCCGCGCCCUGUGGCAAGAUUUCCAAUAGACAAAAUUCCUACCACCGGCGGACCCACGGGGAAAGGGGGUCCCCCGCCCCUCCCCCCCCCCCCCCUGGUCCCGUGGCCUUUCCCCGCCCACACCCACCAAGGUUUUUCCUCGCAGCCCUGGCGGCACCCGGGGCCCGGCACUCCCCAGCGGGGCGGCACCGCUGUGGGGUCUGCGGGAAGGGCUUUAAGAAGUUGGCCGCCGGGGCCCAUCUGCGACCCCAUGGGGGGCCCUUCCUUCACGCCUGGGAAAGACCUUCCCCGCUGCCCCUCAGCCGCCACCAGUUGACCCACACAGGGGCCCGUCCCUACCCCUGCCCCGACUGUGGGAAGCGUUUCACCCAGAGUUCCAACCUGCAGCAGCAUCGGCAGCUGCAUGACCGGUCGGCAGUUUUCCGGCCCGGCUUCCAAGCCCGGGCUGGCUUGGAAGUGUAGGGAAAGGGGCCCGCAGGGGGCGGGGCCGGGCGGGCGGCACCCCAACCUGCUGCACCGCCCACUCCUCCAGCCCCAGCCCCCCAGCAGACCAUCAUGUGCACAGAACUGGGUGAGACCAUAGCCAUCAUCGAGACUUCCCAGCCCCUUGCCCUAGUGGACACAUUGCAGCUGUGCCAGGUGGCACUGGGGGCUGGGGGGCUGCACCUGGGAGGCACAGGUGGGACCGGGGGGCUGCUGCACCUGGACACUGCUUUUGUGUGACAGGUGGAGACGGGGUUGGGGCUGGGUUCUUAAUAAAUGAAUUUGCAUUGAUGUCACGAUGCUAAUGAAAUAGAAAUCUGCCUUCUCCAGAUGCUCAUAAAGAAGGAGACAAGAUUCCAAUCUCCUUUUAUAGGUUAGGAAAUUAAGGCCCCACCCCCCAGAACCCAAUGACUUGUGGGAGCCAAACUGAGUCUUGUCUGCCUCAGGUCUCCAGCUUCUGGGGGACCGAGGCUGCUCCAGUCACAGCUUGUUUCCCCAAUUAAGUGGGGACAAAUGUGCUGGGAGACGAGAUGGGUGUCCUUCAGUCACCAAGAGGUGGUCACUAGUGGUCCUCUGAGAUCUGGUUUCCAAGGUCCUUCCCUGGGCACAGAAGCCAAGUGAAUUAGGAUAGCAAAAAGGAUCCACUGGGACCCCCAGACAAUCUCGGCGCUAGCUCACCUAGUCCAACAAGUUUCUAAGUAGCCAUUUAAUGGGGUCAACCAACACCACUUCCUGGCCCUACCACCCAGGGCAGCCCAUUCCCUGCCAUCCCUUUACCCUUUCCCAGGUCACUGGAUGUUGUUAUAUGGUUUCAAGUGCCCC